UUGCGUGACGUCAGAAUAAACAUUAUAUUAAUUCAUGUGUGAAAUAGAAACAAAAAUUGUUUUAAAACACAAAGGAAAUCACGUGCUGUUGUUAGAAGGAUCUAAAUAUCGUGGAAUAUAACUUUUGACCAUCUUAUGUGUGGAAAAUUAAUCUGUGAAAUAUAAUUACUACCGGGAAAAAACAAAUUUUUUAUAAUGGAUUUCAAAGAAGAGAUACGGUUGUGUUUUUUAUUUACGGUUGUUUUGUUAACAUGCUUGUCAGAUAAUGUCUCAGGUCAACAAAGGACCACAGAGUGCAAGAACUCUGGAGGUGCCUAUGCGUGGUUAAGCUGUCUCAUCGCCAAAGCAAACAAGGAUAUGUGUAACCCAUCAGGAUGUGCCCGGUAUGCAGGAACGGAAUUCGAAAAAGACCUUACAUGCACAUUUCAGAAACAGAGAUGUGGGGGAUGUGUCCCACAGUACAAACUAAACGGAACAGAGGUCAGCUGUAAAGCCUUGGAACAAACAGGAUAUGAGUGUGCACCUGGUGUCCAGAUGGAAGUCUGCAACUUAGACGCUUGCGUAGCAACUCUCUGUCGACCAUAUCUCACAGCCCCCUGCAGGAACAACUUCUGUGGUGGCUGUUUUGCAGAAUAUGACGUAGAUGGCCAGUGGCGAAGAUGUCCAAUUGAAGUUUCUGCAAUUCAGCCUGACAGUCCUGUAAUUCCUGGUCAAACGUUGGAGGGUUUUGCUGAUGUAGCCGCAGCUCCAGCUUUUGCUAGUUCCGCCGUAGUACCACAGGGGCCAAUCAGAAGCGAAGUAAAGCCAAGAGACCCAAUCAUUCCAACAACUUGUCCAAAUGGAGAACUGCCAUGGGAUUGUCCAGCAGACGUGUGCACUAACGCAUAUUGCGCUGCAUAUCCACAAGCGAAGUGCCGGAUAAAUAACUGCGGAGGAUGCUCCCCUGAGUUUACCACCGGCAUUUAUCUUAUACAGGAUUGUAACUCGAGAGAAUGCCCAAAGAAUACCCUUGAGAUGGUCUGUAAAGAUGACCCCUGUAAAUAUUCUACCUGCAGGAAGUACGAAGACAAGAAUCCAGUAUGUAGACCCAGUCGAUGUGGAGGAUGCAGAGCUAUGUGGUAUGUCAAUGGGGAGGAAGUUGAUUGUUACGAACAAUAUGGCGUCGAUGUCCCCUGUCCAAAUGGAGAGAGAAGACAACAAUGUCCAAAGAGUACAUGUAGAUUUAAACACUGUCCUGUUGAUAGAAGUAUCACAUGUGUUAUUAACAAUUGCGGUGGAUGUCACAGGGAAUAUCAAAAACGCACAUCAACAGGAAAAACUAUCAUAGUUGAUGAAUCUAGAUGCCAGGGCUGGUGGAACUUGCAAAGUGGACAGAAAAAGAAGAAGCCAUUUUUGUCCAAAAAGCGACCUCUUCCGCGACCAAUAAACGAGAUAUCUCCAAAUGAACUCGACCCAAUGGCAAGAAGAAACAAUGAGCGAACCGUGAAUGCCAUUAAUAAAUUUGAAGCAGCACCAAAGGGAAGCUUAAAUAUGGAAAUAGAGCCAACACCAGGAGCAAUAGCUAAAGCAUUAUCAAACGGAAAUAUUAUUCAACAAGGAGUCCCUCCACCAAUUCCAGCAAAUCUUAUGGAAGAACAUGAAUUAGGAAUGCAGCAAUUUAUUCCAAAGUCAAACUUUCCGGAAAUUCCUUCAGGUCCCACUGCAGAUCAGGUUUUAGAAAAUCCUUUGCUCAAUUCCCCUAUUUCACUUAGUAACAUCGAUUCUCCACCAAGUAACGUUGCUCUAGAUUAUCCGAAAGACAAGGGUACCCAAGUUUCUGAAAAAGUUGGACAUUUAUUAGGAAAAUCUGGAAAUUCAGGAAAUACACAAAUCCUUGAAAAUCCUCUAAUUAAUGACAAAAAUUCUCAACUUUAUCCCCCAAACAAAGAUUUAGUCGGUGUUCAAGAAAUACAAAAUCCAUUAUUGAUAAAUCAACAACCGAGGUCAAGUAUUAAUGCAGUGCCACUGGAAAACAUCGCACCUUCCGUCCCUGCUAGUGACUUGUCUGUUGAAAUACUUAAUAACCCAAACAAAAGAAAGCUGGGAUCUAUUCAUUUUAAUGAUAAAGUUCCAUCAACAGUCCCAGAGCAAAUUAAAAAGUCAAUGCAAAGAGACAGGUUUAACGUUGGUUUUCUUGAUUCAACAACAAGAGCUUUUCCUUCCGAUCGAAAUAAUAGACGAACCAGACGGAGAUUUAAAGCAAAAGAAAGAGGUGCCAAAGUAUCCAGUAUGAAUUUCUGGAAGACGGAUAUGCAGUUACCACCUGCUUUCUUUGAAUUUAUGCUUCAAGGAAUGGGCUUUCAUGGGAUUCCACUGGAAGGUUUACAGAAAAUGUGAUUUCCAUUAACGUGUACCAGUCAGCCAUUUUGAAAUCCAGAAAUCCAUUAGAAAUCUGAUUUGAAACAAACAACAGACACAUAAGAUUCCAGUGACAAUGAAGUUAAUGCGUGUCUUAGAUUUUGUUUACUUAGUACAAGGAUAUUCUGAAGCUUAAAUACAUUUAUUUCUCAUAAACACCUUCAAAUAAUACAAAAAAAAAAAAAAAAAAAAACAACA